UUCCUUAACCACCCCUUUACGACUGGUAAUGUUAGACGUUCCAUCACCGACUGUUGUCGGCCAAGAAGUAGAACUUACAUGUAGUUUUGAUCUCAAUGGAGACACAUUGUACUCAGUAAAAUGGUACAAGGACGAUGUUGAAUUCUACCGCUUUGUCCCAAAUGACUGGCCUCCUGGACAGUUUCUUCCUCUCAGCGGGGUCAGAGUUGAUCUGUCCAAAUCUAAGGAGCAAUCGGUUUACAUUCGUACCGUUGCCUUGGAAACCGCUGGAGUUUAUAAGUGUGAAGUAUCAACUGAAGCGCCUGUAUUCGACACUGUGUCAGCUAAGAAGGAGAUGAACGUAUACGUGUUACCAACCGAAGGCCCUAAAAUUACAGGAAGACACAUGAAGUAUCGAGUAGGAGAUACUGUAACAGUCAAUUGUACCUCAGCCAAAUCUAAGCCGGCGGCUUCUCUUGCUUGGUAUAUCAACGACAAAAAGGUUGGAGCAGACUAUGAAACCGUUUAUUCAACCAUCUUGCACGACGACGGUCUGGAGGUAUCCUGUUUGAGUCUCCGAUUCUUGAUAACCUCUGACCACUUCACCAAUGGAAAUAUGAGGUUAAAGUGUGAAGCCAGCAUCCCUCGGGUACGAUACACGAUGAGCGACGAGGCUCUGGUGAUCAGUGAGCAGCUACAACACGUAUCGGGACUCCAGAUUCGGGAGAACUUGAGUAAGGGUUUGGAUCAUAGACCUCUAGAAACGAUAUAGCAUAGACUCCACAGAAUGCCUAAAACUGUCUUGUUCGAGCGUACCUCAUUCUUCGAGAAGUAUUCACAGAUAUCAGUGAAGAAUUUCGGUGGAGAAUACGACACUGAAGCUUAUCCCAAAGAUACUCAAUCAGAUUGCAAUCCAAUGACUGAGGCGGUUAUGAAAGACGAUUAAAAUAUUUUGAUGUUCUUCAAAAUUUUGGACAAUAUUAACCUGGUGAAUUUCUGUAUAUUACGGUCUAGAAAGAGCCGUUACCCAUCAUAAAUAAAAAUGCAAU